GGUAUUAUCCCGUUCAAGUCAAGCGAGAGAUCGGUGACGGAGUUUUCUUGCCGCCGGAGCCGGAAUUCCUCUUCCUCAGUCUACGGUUGUACUAGUAACAGAUAUUUUCGAUCGGAGUAUCUCAGUGAAUCCUGUUUUUCUUUUCUUUUUGGUUCUUCGUCGCUUGUGUGGCAGAGUCAAGUCUUUUGGGUUAUCCCAUUUUGAGCAAUCCCGUCUUUGUCGAUCGAUUAUUUAGCAUCUAAUUGAGGUGGUUUGCAGGAAGAUGAACAAACUGGUGGAAUAUGGGAGAAAAGCUAUGUUCUAUGUGAGAGUCCUCUCUGGGUAUGAAGAACGGAGAAUCCGAAAUUAUAGGUUGCAACUCGAAAAGCGUAUCCAGCAGGCCCAACAAAAGAAAGCAGAGAUAAACAGACUCCCAGAGCAGAUUGUAUUAUCUGAAGUCCGCCGUAUGGUUGAGGAGAUGCAGAAUUUGAAUAAGCAGAUUGAGAAUACGGAAGCUCAGAUUGAAGACUAUUUUAAACCGAUAGACAAGCAAGCUGAUACCAUAAUGGAGAUUCAGCUCGAAGGAGAGAAGAAAACAAUGGGGACAAUGAUGAACGCAACACAACAGGAAGCUAUAAGAAAGAUUGAAGAAGCAGAGAGACUCGCUCGUGCACGUGGAAAUGCAAAUAUGAGUGCAGAGGCAAACACGGGAGAGAAGAUACAGGAUUCAGAAUCCACAGCCAACGAAAAAGCUCAAGCAAAAUAAAGACUGAUCUUGUCUUUAUGUUGACACAUUAUAGAUUCAGAGUCUCUGUACACAUCCAACGGUUAAAGUUCUCUUAGUUGAUUAAGCUGAGAUCGCAGCCUCUCAUUUGCUGAGUUUUAAUAAUUUGGAAUUUGGAUGA